UUUUUCUACUCCCGGCAGGUUGUUGGGCGAAAAAAAACGCCAAAAUUGACGAUCGAGAAACUUAACAGGUUUGAUCGACCAGCUGCAAGUAAAGGACAAUGUUAAACCCAUCGUCCAGCGAAGAGGAAUCGGACACUGAAACAGUGGAGGAUGAAACAACCGACACUUUAUCUGUGCCGAGUCAGACAGGUACCAUCCGCAAUAGUGCAUCGAGUAACGACAGUCUACAGGCGCAGACAAGAGGUCAGACCAUUGCCCGUCCGGCCAGUCCUAGUCCAUCUGUGAUCAGUGAAAAGGAACGAGAAGAAACAGAACGACUGGAGAAAGAAGAGGAAGAUAGAAAGAAACGCCUGCAAUUGUACGUAUUUGUCGCGAGAUGCAUUGCUUAUCCAUUCAACGCCAAACAGCCGACGGAUAUGGCAAGGAGGCAAACCAAAGUGACCAAACAGCAACUCGAAACCAUCAAGGAGAGAUUUCGGGCAUUUAUAAACGGGGAAACGCAAAUUGUCGCUGAUGAGGCGUUCUGUAACGCGGUGCAGAGUUACUUCGAGGUGUUUCUGAAGAGCGACAGGGUUGCUAUGAUGGUUCAGAGCGGGGGCUGCUCAUCCAAUGAUUUCAGGGAAGUCUUCAAAAAUAACAUUGAGAAGCGGGUCAGAAGCUUACCCGAGAUUGAUGGCCUGAGCAAAGAAACCGUGCUCAGUUCAUGGAUGUCAAAGUUCGAUUCCAUUUAUAGGGGGGAGGAAGAUCAACGCAGACAACCCCAAAGGUUGGCAGCCACUGCUGCCUCGGAGCUUAUUCUCAGCAAGGAACAAUUGUACGAGAUGUUCCAAAAUAUUCUCGGAGUUAAGAAGUUUGAACAUCAAUUGCUGUACAAUGCAUGUCAGCUGGACAAUGCUGACGAACAAGCAGCGCAGAUCAGAAGAGAAUUAGACGGAAGGCUUACACAGGCAGAAAUGAUAGCAAAGACACGACAUGGUCCGAAAUUUAUUGUGAAAGAAAUGGAAGGAAUGUACGUGGAAGAACUCAGGUCAGCGGUGAAUUUACUUAUGGCGAAUCUUGAAAGCCUGCCUGUCUCUAAAGGAAACACAGACUCAAAGUAUUCCAUACAAAAACUCAAGAGGGCACAGAACACUGCGGUAUCCAUGAUGGAAGUCACCGAGGACUCUGAACCGACACUUUCAAAAUCGGAUGUAGUUUUGUCAUUCACACUGGAGGUCGUUGUCAUGGAGGUACAAGGGUUAAAACUCUCAGCCAAUAGAAUAGUAUAUUGUACUAUGGAAGUUGAUGGAGGAGAGAAACUACAAACAGACCAAGCCGAAGCGAGUAAACCAUGCUGGGACACGCAGGGAGACUUUACCACAACACAUCCACUACCGGUGGUCAAGGUGAAGCUUUACACAGAAAGUACAGGCGUUCUCAGUAUAGACGAUACGUUGCUUGGAAAAGUAGUGAUCAGGCCGACACCAAAUAGUCCCAAAACGCCGGAAUGGUACAAAAUGCACACUACAAAACAUGUGACGGAAAAUAUUAAAAUUAAAAUUGCAAUACGAAUGGACAAGCCUCAGAAUAUGAAAUACUGUGGCUUUCUUCUCUCGAUGGGUAAAACUGUGUGGAAGAAAUGGAAGAAACGUUUCUUCGUCUUGGUGCAAGUAAGUCAGUACACGUUUGCCAUGUGUAGCUACCGAGAGAAGAAAGCCGAUCCACAUGAAAUGAUGCAAAUUGAUGGAUACACGGUGGAUUACACAGAUCCAGUCAUAGACCUCGAAGGAGGAAAACAUUUCUUCAAUGCAGUGCGGGAGGGUGAUAGUAUAGUAUUUGCAACAGAUGAGGAAGUCGAGAGGCAGUUGUGGGUACAGGCACUGUACAGAGCAACUGGUCAGUCACAUAAACCAGUGCCGCCGACUACACAGACUACCACGGCAACGAAAAGUAAUACCAUUAUAUCUAGGUUACAAGGAGAUGCUGACAGAGCGCGGAAGCACGGCAUGGAUGAGUUCAUCGCUGCCGAUCCAUGUAAAUUUGUCCACUCUAGUAUCUUUGAACUCUUACAGAAAUUGACCUUAGAUCACAGGUUGAAUGACUCGUACUCAUGUCUGGGAUGGUUUAGUCCAGGUCAGGUAUUCGUCCUUGAUGAGUACUGUGCUCGCUAUGGGGUGCGCGGCUGUCAUCGGCAUCUCUGCUACCUGGGUGAUCUCCUGGACCGUGCGGAGUCGGGCACCAUGAUUGAUCCUACACUUAUACACUAUAGCUUUGCCUUCUGUGCCUCCCAUAUCCAUGGAAACAGGCCGGAUGGCAUUGGAACUGUGUCGCAGGAAGAGAGAGAGAGAUUUGAAGAGAUUAAAGACAGAUUACGUUGUCUGCUAGAAUACCAAAUCACAAAUUUCAGGUAUUGCUUCCCGUUUGGCAGACCAGAGGGCGCCCUCAAGGCAACAUUAUCACUUUUAGAAAGGGUUUUGAUGAAGGACAUUGUCACCCCAGCACCUCAUGAUGAAGUGUUUAAUACCAUUCGAAAGUGCCUCCAGAAUGCAUCCCUGGUCAACUACGAAAGAGUCUCGUCGUACUCGAAGAUUGAAGGUGAGAAGUGAACUUUAACAGCAAAAUACAUGACGCCUCAGAGAAAGCUGGAAGAACUUAUGCACCUAGCUGAACUCUGCAUUGAUGUACUGCAACAGAAUGAGGAGCAUCAUGCCGAGGCAUUUGCAUGGUUUAGUGAUUUAUUGGUGGAGCAUUCCGAGAUUUUCUGGUCCUUGUUUGCCGUUGACAUGGACGCAGUGCUGGAGAUGCAACCUCCGGAUACGUGGGAUAGCUUCCCGCUUUUCCAGUUGCUUAAUGAUUAUCUUCGAAAUGACACGAGUCUGAAUAGUGGUCGUUUUCACAACCAUCUACGAGAGGUGUUUGCACCGCAUGUUAUUCGAUACGUUGAUUUGAUGGAGUCAUCUGUUGCACAGUCGAUUCACCGAGGCUUUGAGAAGGAGAAAUGGGAGCCGAAAGGCAAUGGCACCGCAACCUCUGAGGAUCUUUUCUGGAAGUUAGAUGCACUGCAGACUUUUAUCCGAGAUCUCCACUGGCCGGAAGAAGUGUUCGCUAAGCAUCUAGACCAUCGGUUGAAGUUAAUGGCAGCUGACAUGAUUGAGUCGUGUAUUUGUAGGACAUUGAAGUCCUUUGAGAUUUAUUUAAAGAAAGGCCGUGCCACAGUGGACUACAGAGUGCCUGGUGAAAUAUGUGUUAUGGUUAAUAUAAUAAGUGAUGCCAAGACACAGUCGAUGAAGCUAUGUCCUCCGUCUGUGGACCAGGAAGGGCAUCAGUACCAUACCAAAAUUGAUGAGGUCAUCAAAACGGCACAUACCAGUGUCAUCAGAAAGCUGGUUGGAAAGCUUGUGUCUAUUCUACAUUCGAUAUUUAAUAAGUUGUCGCGAUAUGAUGAAGGCACUUUCACUGCAUCUUUCCUCUCGUUCACAAGCCCAAGUAUGGAGACAGCAGAUAGCUUCAUUGUCUUUCAGCGUAACAACUUGGAUGAGAUUCGGGAGAGAAUCCACGAUGAACAGUUCGUUUCUUCACUCUAUGAUGAGUGGUACACACAGAAUAUGAAUUUAUUGUGUGAUUGGUUAUCUGACAGACUUGACCUUCAACUUCAUAUUCAUCAACUGAACACAAUAUUGAAGCUAUUCAGGAAAAUGUAUUCUGAUUUUGAGCUGCAUGGAAUCACCGAACAAAUACUGAACAGCAAAACCUACCAAACCAUCAAGAACCGGCUACAGGUGGAAGAAGCCACGGCGUCGGUGACUCACAACUUGGACAGUUCCCAUAUUGACGAUGAUGAUUUCUGAAGUCUUGGCGACUAUAUUGUUUUGUGCAGUUGACGUACACAUAUUGGAUGCAAUCUACUAAACACUUAGCAAACGAUUAAUCUUUUUUUAGAUAGUGCAUGUAUUACAUUUCUUUCUAUAUGCAUGUAUUUUAAAGUUAAAAUAGGGCAUGUUUUUUGGGGGGGCUUUUAGCUUGAUAUUAAUUGAUUUCAUGAUUUUAGAUUUAGAGUACGUUGCAUUGUUCUGACCUUUGACC